AUGACCUUGGAUGAAGUUCUGCUUCGCCAAUGGCACCGUGUAGCAUCUGCUGGUCUUUUGCGCACACGUGUGGACGACACGUUGCGUCGUCGUAUUCCUGGUGACAUGGGCCUCGUCAUUCAAUAUAAUCCGAAUCAUAUCAAGAAUAAACGCCCGGUAGAUGAACAACUUAUGGCUGGCACAAACUCUACAAAACUUGAAGACAGAGGAUUUAACUUUACAAAAGCCAACUGUGCCGAAGUUUUAGGUGGACUGCGCUUUUCAUCGGAUGAAGAACAGACUCUUUCUAAUGUACAACUCAUCGAGAUUUGCAAUGAUGAGUUUUUAUGGAAUAAGGAGGUUUCGCAUUUUGCUCUUGUAAAUAUCUCACCUUUGUUUUAUGGCCACAUGCUGUUUGUACCCGACCUAAGGCUUGUUAAACCACAGGUGAUGACGAAAGACUUCCUUUGGUAUGCGCUAAGUAUUACCUUUACGAUGAAUCGCAGUGACUUUGCUCUCGGGUUCAACAGCGCUGGAGCCUGGUCGUCUGUAAAUCACUUUCAUCUUCAGGGCUACUUUUUUCCACCACUUGAAGACUCGUUAAAUUUUCCUGUCACAUUCCAAGUUAGAAAACUAUUACAUCAAGUUAGAGGCGCGAUCGUGAGCAGCCUACCAAAUUGGAAAACAAGUUGUUACGUCAUUGAGCCGAAAGACGUUUCGACGGAUGUGGAUCACGUCGUGCGAAUUGGAUGGUAUCUGCUAGAAAUUCUACAGUCUCGAGGAAUCCCACACAAUCUUCUCAUAGUCGGCUUGGUAAUAUUCAUCUUUCCUCGCCAGCUUCAACGUGAAAAUGGCGUCAAUUUGUUCUCAAGCGAUAAAACGACCACGAUAUCAACUGGUCGGCUGCGUAUUGCCGUGGCUGAAGUAGCCGGUCUUGUCGUUGCAGGAGACAGCACGGCGUACCAUGCUUUGACAGAAGAAAUGCUUAAUAUGAUUCUGCAAACGGAAGUUUCUCUCUCAGCAGAUGAAGAAAAAGCGCUGGAAGCCGAGUGGAAAUUGAAAAUCGAUUGCAAGACGGAAUGA